GAGUGACGUAAUCUCCCCGCGCCAAAUUCUAACCAAAACAAACGCAGAAACCGUUCGGCUGCCAAUGAUUCAACAAAGAAGUUAUGAAAACGUCUGUACGUGAUGUUGCAACCAGACUUGCUCCAGCUUAUGGCGAUGGGAGGAAGUCAAACUCGUAACGGCGACGAAGAAGAGGGUUUUAGAGAAGCGGCGGAGCAGCAGGAGGAGGGAAACCCAUUCACUUUUAAUCCGCAGCUCCUCCGUCUGCACAGAGACCACGAGCUGUUUGAGGAUGGAGAUGUUUUCAGACACAUGUAUCUGCAGGACCUGUUCAUGUCAGAGGCAGAGGAGCAGCCAGCGCCCAGUGUUUCAGAGUUUGGCUGUCACAUCUCCGGCUGUAGAGCCGUCUUCAGCACACUGGAUGAGUAUGAGCACCACUACAAUUCCCUGCACCGACAUGUGUGCUGCUCCUGCCGCCGCUCCCUGCCGAGCGCCCGGCUCCUGGACAUUCACAUUCAGGAGUGGCAUGACUCACUUUUCACCAUCCUCGCCCAAAAACAAGACAUGUAUCUGUGCCUUGUGGAAGGCUGUGGACAGAAGUUUAGGACAAGUCAGCAAAGGAAGGACCACCUGAUAAGACUUCACAAGUAUCCACCGGACUUCAGAUUUGACAAAAACAGAAAAGAAAAAGGAACCAGAGAAGCGAGCAGAGAGCAGAGGACAAACACGGCCAUGGAGGCAGCAGACGAUGUUUGUAGGUCGGAGGGUGUGUGUGAGGUUAUGUGCAGCGUUGAGUCCAACCAGCUUGAGCAGGAGGAGUCCAUGGAGACGCAUGCAAGCAGUGAGGAAGCUGCUCAGUUUGAGGACUUUUCUGCUUCAGCUCAGACCCCAGAAACAAACACAGAGCAGCUGAAACCAAAAUACUCCUACAGGGUGCCUAAAACUGUGUGUUUUGGUCACGGCUCGGUCCGAGGCUUUAGAGGCCAGAGGGGCAGAAGGAAAUGAAACACAGCAUCUGGCCACUCUGUUCUCUGUGUUUUAGGAUUAAAAUAUGAUGCAUUUUGUUGUCAGUAAUUCAAUUCAAUUAAAGUUCUUUUUGCAUUCUCAGAUGAGAUGCGAGAUGA